AUGUGGAAGUUGAUAAAGGAGAAGAAACGAGUGCUGCUUAUGACCGAAAAACCAGCGAUCUACUUUGAUGGUUUCACCGUAAUGGAGUGCGGGAAAUUACCUUAUUUGACCAAUUGGCGAUUCUGGUCGUACGAUUUGUGGUGUCUUACGGAUUCGGUGGACCCAAAAAGAAUUGCCGGAUGUUCCAUCCAUGAAUGCUCGGUUUUGCUCGCAAGCACACUGCAAUGGGAUUGUAUUAGUAAGUUCAAGGAGCUUGUUCCAACUCCAGAUGUACUCUACAUGCCAUUGUGGACAAAAGAAGAACUUCGUACCAUCGCUUCCUUAUAUCCAAAUGCAGACAAAGUGUGGGAGAAUCGGUUUAACUGCUUAGGUGGUGUGCCUCGUCUAGUAUUGCAAGACAUCCAAACAGACCCGCAAGUUCAACUGAUGUCGGCAUGCACUAAUUGUUCUCUUAAUGACUGUAUUAUGAUGGUGUCUAUAUACUCUGAGAUGAACUCGGUUCAGACUUUCAUUCACAUCCAUAGCCAAAAACCGUAUUUAAAGUACGAAGUCGUUUAUGCUUCAGAAUUGGCGGUGCAAGUGAUUGCUCGAACGAAUUGGCAGAAGUGGCUGACGAAUCACACGAAGAUGCAAAAACUUCUCGGUUCGUGUGAUAUAAACCCACUAGCACAAUCGUUGUGCCGCUACAUCUUUGAACCACAUACGAUGAAUUUGCUGGAGCAAGGCGGGACAUUUGUAUGCCGUAAGCUGCAUUCUGGUGCCGAAUUCCGAAAGUUCAACGCGACCAAACGCAACAGAGGUAUUACAGGAAAUGAAGACGAAGAGAUAAUCAACAUCCCACGAUCGUUGCAGUGUCGGCAAAUAGUGGAGCGUGUGGAUGUCGAUCAAGUUGAAAAUCAGCUGUACGUGCCACGGACAUCGAAUUAUACUGCUAUUGACGCUUGGAUUCCGCGCGUCGGUGGAUUCCAAAUGACGGUUGGAAAGGAGCACGACAUCAAGGGUGGAGCGGCAACGGAUCUCGCCAAAUUGGGUGCAAACGGUAACCGGCUAUAUUUUCUGCUUCCGCCCCUAUACUACGAGUCGUUCAGGAAGAAAAUUCCCUAUACCAUCGAGCAGUAUGCAAUCCUUAUACCUUAUCCAGAGGUGGUGUAG